UUUUCAUAGAGCACAGCGAAGCCAUUUUUUAGAAGAGACCGAUCACUAUUUCUUCAAAUCUUCAGCUGAAACUCCUUCACCAAAACCACCUGUUUUGUUCUUUCAUCAACCACUAGAUUGUUCAGCAUGGCUCAGCUGUCAUUUUGGAUGCUGUGUAGAGUUUGAAACCCAGUACAAUGGAGGGAGAGGCACUGAAAGACUCCAUCUUCGACUGCAAUAAGCGGAUACCAUGGGAAGAGGACUGCUAUGUAGAUCUUCAGUCUAAUACCUGUCACCCUUACACAAAGAUAAAAAUAGAGGGUUUUUGGAUACACAAGCAUCGGAAGCAACUGAUGCACUGUAUUUCAGGCCCGUUUCUUGACAAUGCCAUAACUCACUUAAGAAAACUGAACCUGCUUACGCUGGAAGAAGUCCUGCAUAUUCAAUCACUGGGGCAACUGCAGGAAAAGGUGUGCAUGUUUAUUAAUAUCUUGGCCAACAAAGGUCUGGAAGGAUCUGAAACGCUACAGGCCUUCUUUCAGAAAACAAACACCCAGCUCUAUGGACUCAUUACACUGCAAGAACCAAUAAUACAGAAGCACACAGAAGUCCUACAGAGCCGCUAUGGAGAAUGGAGUCCAGGCCUAUUAUCCACAUGUCCAAACUUGUAUAGCUAUUCCAACUUGCUGAUAGUGGAGGGACUUACGGACCUGCAGCAGAAGGAACAUGACAUUGUACAGAUUGAGACCACCAAAGGGACAUGGAGACACAACACUAUACAGUUGCCUAUGGACAAACUCUUGCAGCCUCUCACACGUGUUAGCAUGCCUCCACGCAUCCUGCUCACAGUUGGAGUGGCUGGCAUCGGGAAGAGUACCUUGGUCCGGCACUUUGUCCAGCAGUGGUAUACAGGCAAGAUCUGCCAAGAUGUGAAUUUUGUCUUCCCCUUCAACUUCUGGGAGCUGAAUGCUUAUGAAAAACUAUCAGCGGAACGGCUAAUUAAAUUGGCUUACCCUUAUGUAACUGAUAUAAGCCAUGUCUUCAACAGUGAUACUCGAAUUCUUAUCAUCUUUGAUGGUUUGGAUGAGUUCAGAUGUUCACUAGACUUCUCUGAAGCACUGCCUUGUACUGACCCAAAGAAGGAUGUCCCAGUGGACAACUUGAUUACUAACAUAAUUCGAGGUAACAUUUUCCCUGAAGCUUCAAUAUGGCUGACCUCCAGGCCUAAUGUUGCUGCCCAAAUACCUGGAGGCCUUGUGGACAGAAUGACUGAAAUACCGGGACUAAGGCACAAGGAAAUACAACAGUUUCUCUGUCACAUGUUCCAAGACAGAGGUCUGCACAACCAAAUAUGGAGUCAUAUAAAGUCCAACAAGAUCUUUCUUGUCAUGUCUUAUAUUCCCUGCAUUUGUUGGAUUUUAGGCUCUACACUUAGUUUCCUCAUAAGACACAAUAUACAGGACAGUCUGCCCCGGACAUGGACUGAGGUCUAUUCGUAUUUUUUUAAGAUGAUCGUGGAGGAGGGCUCAAGGGACAAGGAACCUCUAAAAAUAGAGCAGGCCUAUGGAAGCAACCGGAGGCUUAUUAGCAGUUUAGGGAAGAUGGCAUUCUAUGGGCUAAUCAAACGAAAGUACAAUUUUAAUGAACAAGACAUGAAGGCCUAUGGGAUUGAUCUGCCUUCACUUCAAGGAAAUCUGUGUAGUCGUAUUCUGAUCAAAGAGGAGUCGACUGUAUGCAUAGCAUACUCCUUCAUACACCUCACUGUGCAGGAGUUUUUGGCAGCCACUUUCUAUUACACAGCCUCUAAACGGGCCAUCUUUGAUCUCUUUACAGAAAGUGGUAUGUCAUGGCCCAAGAUAGGAUUCCAUAAUCACUUCAAAAGUGCUGUACAGCGUUCACAGCAAUCUGAGAAUGGCCAGCUGGAUAUGUUUGUACGCUUCCUGUCGGGCUUGUUAUCUCCAGUAGUGGUCAAGCCUCUGUCUGGGCUAUUGCUGUUGGCCAAGGAAGAGAACAGCGUCUACCGAAUGGCAGCAACAGCCUUCCUGCAGAACCUGCUCAGCUCUGGUGGUACUGUCUCACUUUGGGCUGUCAACAUGGUCUAUUGCUUGCAGGAGCUGCAGCACAUAGAGCCCACACGCAAUGUGGAGGAGAGCCUCCGCACAGGCAGUCUGGCUGGCAAGCUGACACUGUGCAACUGUUCAAUCCUUGCCUACCUUCUUCAGGUGUCAGAGGGGUGUGUUGAAGAAACUAAUCUCUCUGGAUGCCUUAACUACACGGUUGUAAAGAGCCUUCUGCCACAGCUACUCUACUGCAGUAAUCUUAGACUUGAAAACAACAAUUUUAAAGAUGAUGUCAUGGAAUUGUUUGGCAGCUUACUUAGUGCAAAGGACUGUCACCUUCAGAAAAUCAGCCUGGCAGAGAAUUCCAUCAGUAACAAAGGAAUCAAGGCCAUUAGCAGAUCCUUGAUGGUGAACAGAAGCUUGACUUCUCUUGACCUUCGCAGCAAUAACAUUGGUCCCAAAGGAGCCAAGUCUCUCGCUGAAGCUCUGAAAAAUAAUAAUGUGCUGGUUUCAAUCAGCCUGCAGAACAACAUUAUUGAAGAUGAAGGGGCUAAAGCUAUGGCAGAGGUUCUGCAGUCCAACCGCAAGCUGGUCGUUCUAAACUUGCAGAAGAAUGCUAUUGGUGCAGAAGGAGCAAGGAGCAUUGCAGAGUCGCUGCAAAGAAACCAGACUCUUAGAGAGCUAAUCCUGUCUAGCAACCAGCUUGGGGAUAAGGGGGUGGCAGCUCUUGCCCAGGCCCUGGUGGUGAACCACAGCCUCAUUACCCUUCACCUCCAGAGUAACUCCAUAAGCAACAAAGGGGUGACAGCACUGACAGCAGCACUCCAAGUCAACAAAGGGCUCACAGAUCUAAAUCUGCGUGAGAACUCCAUUGGGGUACAAGGAGCCAAGGAAAUUGCUAAGGCACUACAAGCAAAUAACACCCUGAGAAAUUUAGAUCUGACAGCAAAUUUGUUGCAUGAUGAUGGUGCAAAGUCAAUUGCAAGGGCAGUGAAAGUCAACUGUGCUCUUACGUCACUUCACCUACAGUGGAACUUCAUAAAGUGUAAAGCUGCUCAUGCCUUAGCUGAAGCAUUAAUGGACAACAACACUCUACAACUCCUUGAUCUCCAGGAAAAUGCCAUUGGUGAUGAAGGAAUGAUAGCGCUGGCCAGAGCCUUGCGAACCAACACAGCUCUCCACGCACUCUUUCUCCAAGGUGUGUCAGUGGGGAAAAAUGGGGCUAUUGCUCUGGCUGAAGCUCUAGGUGUCAACAAAAGUCUGCAAACCCUCGAUCUCCGUGGGAACUCAAUAGGAAUGGAGGGAGCCAAAGCCUUAUCAAAUGCACUGAAGGCGAACAGUAGCCUACGAGUGUUAAAUUUGCAGGAAAACUCUCUUGGAAUGGAUGGAGCCAUCUUCAUAGCCACAGCCCUGACUAGGAGCCACCAGCUCACCUACAUUAACCUCCAAGGAAAUCGCAUUGGAGAGUCAGGGGCCAAGGUAAUCUCGGAUGCUAUUAAAACGCAAUCUCCAGGUUGCACGGUGGACAUAUAACAGCCUCUGGACAAGUGAAGAGUGAAGUCUACAAAAGCCAAGGUCAUGUCAACAUCAGGACUGUUUCGCUAACAGAUGCAUAUAUAUAAUAUAUAUAA